AUGAUAUAACAGCGCACGGACGCUCCUUCCGUGGUGCGCGCUUCGACUGCUGCAUGACCCAGUAGCCACCAGGACGAUACGAUGUUGUAGUUGUCUUCCGACGUCUGACGCGCUCGUCGCAAAGCGUUCGUCCUCUACUCGCUGACCGUGUUCUCGCCGCCGGCCUCUUAUGUCUUUCAGAGACCCAGGAUGGGUGGAUGGAUGUUCGCCGUUGUGGAAAAUUCUCGGAGUGGCUUUUGGAGUCACCAUUCCGAUUGUCGUGCCCCAGACCUAGCUCCACUCUGGCAUUCUGGAUCACUUAAAUCCCUGAUAACCGAUCUCUUCUUACUCUUGACAGUGUGUCUUGUGACUCGAUACUCAGGCAUAAAUUACUCGUCUCCCUCAAUCUCCGUACUGUCAGCAGCAAUAAUCGCUCUACGCGCAAGACCAAUUCUUGCGUCUAGCCGCCUUUACGGCUUCUGUUCGAUCCACACCCCACGCUCUCAGCUGCCCCCGCGUGCCUGCAGAAGUUGCCCUGGUUUCGAUCACAACCUCCUCCCGCUGUGUCGUUCACAACAUUGCCAACCAAUUGCAAAGACGCAGCCUGCAUCCCCACGCUGCACCUCUACCCCAGACCACAACCGCCCCAGCCGAACCUGACGCCAGUCAUCCACUGACAGCAGUUCCUCCGACCUUCCAUUGUGCACCUAUCUCCGUGACACUCUCUCCCUGAAGACCGUGUUUAGGUGCAUUACGUCAAAACCCAGCUAUUCCAUCAUUCCACGGUCUUCACAACCUGUCGCGGCUUUAGUCUCCACGCAUUCCUCCAACCAAAUCACUGGGAUGAAUUUCGGCUUCAAAAACGACAUCCAAUGGCCCGUUGGACAGGAACAUAUCAACAGAUAG